AUGCUGCCAGGCGCAGCGUCGGAAGCGGGUGCCCCUCCAUCUGUGCCAUUGAGCUUUUCGAAUAACUUCUGGGGACGAGAUGACGCCGGCGUCGACCCUCUCCUUACCCGAAUGCAAAAUGCCAAAACCACAAGCGACGAACUGAAAGCCUUCUACAGUGCGCGAGCCGCGUUGGAGGAAGACUAUGCCAAAAAACUCCUGAGCUUAUCGCGCAAGCCGUUGGGGAGCGUUGAACAGGGGACUUUACGCACCAGCUUGGAUGUCGCUAGAGGAGAGACAGAGUCAAUGGGCAAGCAACAUGCUCUGAUCGCCCAGCAAAUGAGAUCAGAACUUGAAGAACCUCUGGCAGCGUUUGCAGGCGGAAUCAAGGAGCGUCGCAAAAUCAUCCAGAACGGGAUCGAGAGGCUGCUCAAGGUGAAACAAACACAAACCGCUCAUGUCAACAAGUGUCGGGAUAAGUAUGAACAGGACUGUUUGCGGAUCAAGGGAUAUCUGGCCCAGGGCCACAUGGUCAUGGGACAAGAGGAGCGGAAGAACAAGGCAAAGCUCGAGAAGACACAGAUCAACAUGGCCACGAACUCGAAUGAAUACGAGGCUGCUAUAAAGGUAUUGGAGGAAACGACAGGUCGGUGGAACAAAGAGUGGAAAUCCGCGUGCGACAAGUUCCAAGAUCUCGAAGAAGAACGACUCGAUUUUACAAAGUCAUCCCUCUGGGCUUUUGCUAACAUUGCUUCCACGGUGUGCGUUUCAGAUGACGCAUCCUGCGAAAAGAUCAGACUUGCGCUGGAAAAUUGUGAAGUCGAGAAGGACAUUUCCAGUUUCAUAAGAACCUGCGGGACAGGCCAGGAAAUUCCCGACCCUCCUCGGUACAUCAACUUCUGUCGAGGCGACGUGGACAGUGCAUCUGAGGUUUCGGAAGACGAGAACUACUCUGUUGCGCAGUUUUCAAGGACCACAAAUCCCGCCUUCAGAACAUCAUCCCCAACUCACUCAAGUUCUACAAAGGCCAGAAGCAGCCAAACUCCAGAGCGACGACACUCAGAAGAGCCGGUGAGACCGGAUGAGGAUGAUAUGCCGACUCCGUCAAAUGGGAAUAGUGGACGUCCGCCACCAUUGAAUUACAAGCAACUGGGUCCAAACGUGCCGCCGAAUUACUCGCCGAGUCAACAUGGCGAAGUUCCGCAAGUGCCACACAAUCAGUAUCCGACCGAAGGCAUGACCAUGUUCUGCAGAAGUGAUGCACCGUCGGUCGCUGGUUCUGCCUUAUCCUCAAACACCCGACCAGAUAGCAGGGAUGACCGAAGUGACUAUUCCGCACCAAGCUCAUUCACGAGCGCAGAACUCAGCUCUGGCGCGGCAUCGCCAACCAAAGUUGCGCCUGUUAACGGCGUUGAACUCCCUGGAAUGGCAUCACCUGACAAAUCCGUCCAGAAGAAGCGGUCCGGAUUCUUCUCGAACAGUCCGUUUCGCAGAAAGUCCAGGAAAGAGCACGAAACCCAGCGGGCGAGCGAUUCCACAAACCGCAACACUUGGAACGGAGCUGCGCAGUCGAGUCCUACCAAAUCUCCAGCACGUCAGGCACCGAGUUACUUCAAUCGAAAUGCCGCCGCCAUCGCUCCCGAAGGCGAAGAGGCCGCUGAUCCCCGAGCCAGCUUUCAAUUGAGUGUGGGCAACAACGUCUUUGACGUGGCCAGUCCAGAUGGCGCUCAGGACUCAACGCCCAGAGCAAGUACAACGAACCGGCGCAGUCAGUUUAUGCCUCCACCUGCCGUAAUAGGCAAUGAAUUGAUGCACGAUCCUAUAGCACAAGCACUUGCAGAUCUCAAACAAAGCUCCGGCGGCGCCACGGCGAUGGCCAAACAAUCAAGCACGCGGGUACCCGUGGAUCGGUAUCACGGCGUAGCCACUCCUGCGCCUGACCAGGAACCAGUCACUCGACCAGGCGUACUGAGCGCUGAGAGUCAAGCUCGCCUAGCCGCACAGAGAGGAACACCUCCACCGGCAUACGAGACCGCUGGGCCAGCGCCGACCGCGGGUGGAAGAACUCAGAGCGCUCAGAGCGCUCUUGGUGUGCCCCAACCGGCGCAUACCAAGCGAGAAAUGUUGAAUCGCACGGAGACAUGGGGCGCCAAAGGAGCUGGUCACACUCAGCCAUCAAGACCUGGAACGAGAGAUGGACGGAGGAGUCCUGGCCCAGGGAUGAUAAGAUCAGCGAGUCCUCAACCUCAAUCUCAAAGCCAGCAUCCUCCCCGUGCCCGGAGUCCGGCUCCCGGUGUCAUUCCUCGUGCUGCGAGUCCGCAACCACAACAGAGCCAUCAAUACCAGCCUCGCUCGAGAAGCCCGGCACCUGCCAUGAUCCCCAGAGCAGCCAGUCCGAAUCCCGCAGUGACGUCGGGAGGAGGCCAAGGGCAAGGAGGACGACCUGGGUCUCAGCAAUACCGCGCGGCCUCGCCGAAUCCUUAUGGACGUUCACGAGGCGCAGGGCCAACGGUGAAUCAAGCGCCUAGACAAAGCACCGGUAUGGAAAUACAAUUGAGCUCUCAAGAUACGACCCGAUACGAUGGGUCCGGUGGCAGUGGAAGAAGUCGCCAGGGAAUGAUGCGGCCCAACUCCAGUUUUGGCGGAGAUCGUGUAAACGGAGCGGGUAUGGAUAUUGAACUAAGAAGAGAGAGGAGCAAGAGUCUCGCAACCAUACCAUACCGAGCGGGUCCGCCAGCUCAAGAGCAACGUCAGCAACGGAUCCUACAUUAUGCGAGAGCGAUGUACAGCUACACGGCAGCGAUCCCCGAAGAACUUUCCUUCUCCAAAGGCGACAUCCUCGCGGUAUUGCGACUUCAGGAUGAUGGUUGGUGGGAGGCCGAGGUCAAGGAGAGUGCAAGGGGGAUGAAAGGAGGCGGGAUUGGCUUGGUGCCUAGUAAUUACUUGCAGCGGUGCUGA